AUGGAGUAUGCUUUGCACAUCGCGUCGAUUCCUUUUCGCGUGAGCACCAGCCUGAAGCCCUCCCAGCAGCUGAACCGCUCCCUAACCUCAUCAUUGAGCUGGAUCCACCUCUGCACCGCGCCCGUCGCCGCCUCGGCCACGAUUUGCAAGUUCCUCGUGACCCCGGCGCCAAGCGACAUGCGCUAUCCUCAGCGUCUUCAGCGUAUCCUUGGAGUCGGGUGCCGCCUGGGCUACUUUGCUGAUCGCCGUCCCCGUCUGCGCUCGCGCUACUCUGAGGAACCAUCUGGCCUGCUCCCUAAGUCCCUAUUCCCCAGGCAGGCGCCGCUAAGCAAGUGCGCCAUCGUCGCUCUAGGCGGGUUCUCAUCUUCCUCGGUCCAUUGCUGCGCGGCUUUCCGCGCGAUCGGACACAGCGGGUCUCGCUUUAGUGCCGCCCUCGCCCUCCUCGCCGCGUCCCUCCGCGGCUUUAGCCUUUACAGACGAGGCACAGGCAGCCCCUGA